GACAACUGUCUGUGUCUUUAACCCUGGAUAUGCUCUUGGUGCUUUGCACAGAUAGGGUACCUACCUGCUCUGAAACAACGAUCCGGCUCGAGUCGUGCAGCAAGAUAUGUCUGAGCCAACUCCCCUCAAAGAUGUGCUCGCGGGAGAGUCCAUUUGUCUGGCGCAGGGACAAUUCUCAGCGUUUGUAGUGAACCUCAUCCAUGGCAUGAUCCAAGAACUGGGUGCGACCGUAUCCACCGACAAAAAGUCCUCCACCAUCCUCCUCACCAACCCCUCCCACCAAUCCUUCCGCAAUACCCCGGACCUGUUCCAACCCAACGCCCACUCCGAGCCCAAGGUAUACCCAUACCACUGGCUCGCUUGGUGCAAUGACCAGAGACGCCACACACCGUUAACAGAUCUGAAAUCAGAGAAACCGUUGUUCACAUACCCGGCGAGGUCGGAGGAUUGGCGCCCUCUGAGGGCCUAUGUGUCGGUCAAUCUGUGCAAAUUUAAGGGAGAGGAAGAUGGACGCGAAGCCCGGCAAAACUGUUCGCGCGACUUGCUCCUCCAUGGCGCACUCAUUGUCUCAAAACGAGCGGACGCCGACAUUCUCGUUAUCGAUAAACUCACCGAGUUUUACAAGAUCGCCAAAGCUGAAAAUAAGAAGGCUGGGAGAAGCUGGCAGAGAUUUUUGGAGAGGAACUGGGUGCUUGGAUCUAUCCGGACGGGCAAGAUGGAGUGGUGGCGUGCAAAGCAUGAUCAGAAGAAAGAUAGUGGGGAGGAGAGUUUUGGGGAUGAGCCUCUCGUGCAGAGAGGGACCGGGAGACCUGUGGGAUCAGAAAGGGGAGAUUACACGCCCGAUGACGAUGACUUUUUGUGUCGCUGGCUAGCGGCACACUUUGGCACUUUAGGGUCUCUCUCGAGUCGCAUAACAUAUGUCAUGCUCGCCUCAGACAGUGCGCGAUACCCUACUGCUGCCCGCCAUCCACCGCAAUCAUGGCACGAGCGCUUCCGCAAGAAGGGCCACAUUCUCAAGGAACGUGUGCAUCGAUACGUUCGUGAGGGCGUCGAUAAAUCCUCAAGACUCAGAAAGAGCGACGGGCCUCAAAUGUGCAAGAACCGAGCGAUGAAGAAUAUCAGCUUGACUCGAGUGAUGGAGAAGUCGCUUUAGAGGCGGGGCCGUCUGUUGUGGUAGAAAAAGGAAACGGCAAGCGGGUGCAGGAAGAUUCGCCAGUGAGAGAGACCCCGGCCACGAAGAAGAAGAAGCGGCAGAUUGCUCUCUCGGAUAACGAGGAUAAUACCGGUUCUCCAACCCAGUCUCGAGUUCGUUCAAAAAUCCCUACCCCGGGUCGUUCCGAACAUCAAGCUACAACAAGUCAAGCGACGCCGAGUCAAUCUGCAGUGGUACCUCCCUUGCGCGAUGAAGCACCCCGUGCUGCGUCCUCAAGUCCAACUCGUCCUUCCCAAUCUAUUCCCGAGCGCCAGCCUGAGGAAGAGCUCGUUCCCGCUUCUAUCGAGAACAGCAACUCUCUUCUCGUCCCUUUUUCGCAGGCUUCUGACGACAAUGCGGCUACAAAGGACCGGGUGGGCCAACGGACCGGACGUUCGUCGAUCGCCACUGCUUCUCAGGCCGACAAUGCCCCGAAGGAACCGCUUGCCUUCAGCCCAAAUGCCUCACCCGCUGAAAAUCAGCGACAAGCCUCUGACCGGCGAUCUCGCAGGUCGCCCUCAAGCUCCCCUGAUAUCGACCCACUCCAGAGCACUCCUUGCAAUUCGCCAGGUCGACAUCCUGGUAGAGCAGAGCAGCGAGAGGAAGAAGGUAUCGACUUUGGGAGAGUUAAACCUGGGAUAUUCGAAAGUCUGCCGACCGCCGAGAAAGUCAUGGCUGCCAAGCCCUCUCAACCUGCCGAAGACGAAACUACUUCUCCCGGGGUAGCAGUGUCCAGGCGGCCUCGAGUGUCUGAAGCCAGCACUGCACCUGGUGACGACGAAGCCUUUUCAGGUGUAUGAAUCCUUGUGUUCUGCCCCCG